AAAACACUUUAUAUUGGAGUUGUCUUCAGAUGGCUAUGCAUAUUAAUGAAAUGAGGCUCGAAUCAUAACAUCUCUCUCCAUUCAGUAGAGGCGGUUGACGUCAACAACCCUCAUCGAAUAUUUAGAAAUAUAUUACAAUAAUGAGAUGUAUUCACCAAUCCAAAGAAAGGGUAGGCGGGAGCUAGACAGCCUGCGGUGCCGCUUUGUGGACAACGACUCCCAUUGUGGCGGAGAAACAUGUAUCUUGUCAGUAUAUCCAUCACCUUUGGUACAGUACUGAAGAUUUAGCUCCGUAGUCAAACGGCAGAAAACAACCAACAGAACUAAGCUUUCACUAUUCGGGCAGAUUGUUUUUUGCUUGGAGGGGGAAUCACGUUGGCUGUUUUACGGAUGCUAUGCAUGCGUCUCUAACUUGUGUUUCAGGUCUCUUAUUUAAAAGGAAUACUUGUUUUUUUCUGGUAAACUGUCGCGAUUUAUGGUCGUUUUCAUAUGUGCAACAACAUGUCAAAUGUUAGUCUUUCGAAUGGGAGUCCGACGUUGGAAAGGGUGGAUCUGCGUCCGACGGAUCACACGAAGCACCGGAUUCGCAGAAAUCUUUUCGGAUCGGUAGAUCACGACGAAUUUAGGAGGGAGUGUUUGGUUCAAAUGAAAGAGAUGGAGAAGGCUUCUAUUGACAAAUGGAAUUAUGAUUUCCUAAACGACAAGCCCCUUUCCCAGGGAGAUUAUAAAUGGGAACCCAUGAAAAGCAGUGACCUGCCUGACUUUUACAGCAGACCGCCUCACAAGCGAGUCUGGCCCUCUGGAAAUGUGGACCAUAACGGGAAUCAUGAUUACCGAGUCCGACCGAGCUGUCCUACGAACGGGGUUGAGCUAUCCGAGGAGACUGAGAAGAGCGAGAAGCAGACGACGCAUUGUCACCACUCUCACAACCUGGCAAGGAAAAGACCUGCACAUCCAGAACCCCAAAGUACUGGUAAAAAGUCACAUUCGAGUGAAAAGGAUGCAGUUGUGUCAAAGUCAGUAGAACAGACACCCAGCAAAAACGAUUCCAGGACACAUGAACACUAAUACCAAGAUAAGAACUUCAUCAUCAUGCAUUUCCAAUGUAUACUGUCAGCGCUGAGAAGUUCUCCUUUUUCGUUAAAUACUGUACUUCAGGACCUGAAGAAGAGAAGAGGGAAAGAAGAGAAGACAUGAUACAAAAUGGCCUGCCUUUAUAGGAGGGAGGGAGGCUGUGCAAGCACUGAAUAUUUACACUAAAGUUUUGGCACUCAAUUUAAUCCAAUCGCCUCAAAAGCAGAAAAUGUAGCAGUGUGCAAAAUUGGAUGUUUUUCCCUUUUUGCUCAGUUUUAUUUUAACUACCUAUGUUUCAUAUGUAGCACAUAAAACAUAAUAUUAUUAUGUUGAUAAAAUACGUGUCUUGAAGAAUUGCUGUGCAGUUUUCAAAAAAAUAUUGUUUGUUUGUAAAAGUGGUCAUAUGAUAUCCUUGUUCAGGUAUAAUUGAUAGUUAUACAUGCAUAUUAUUUCUAGUCAGGGUUUUUGAGAGUAUCUCUUCAAAGAAUCAAUUGUUUCUAUUUUGUGGCUUUAUUCAGUGUUCAGUGGUAGUACAUAGUUUGAAGGCAUAUUAUUCAAAAGCUGGUCAUUAGGGUUAGGGUCAAUUCUAUUUCAAUUGAUGAAGUAAACUGAAAGUCAUUCCAAUUCCAAUUUUCCUCAAUGUUUUUCAAUGAGAGAAAAUAUUUGGAAUUUUUGUUUACUUCCUGAGUUGACUGAAUUUGAAUGUAACUGACCCAACGCUACACUAAGGUCAUACUGUCAAUCAGUAUGUUACAUGACCUAACUAGAUACAAGUUUACAUGCAAAUAAUAAUAUAUUAUAUUUUUUUUAUUAAGUUUUCCUACUGCGAAAGGGAAAGAUCCUGCCAAAGUUUCAACAAUUGUCUUAUUUUUAUGGAGAAAUUAUUAAAUGAUUAGGCCUUAUUCAUGGCAUAGUUAGAAAUUAUUGGUAAAAGUUUGAAAUAAUGAGUUCCCAUUUUGAAGUAUUAAUUAUUUUUAUGCCACCCUAAAAUCAGUUGGUUUCCUUUAACUUAUUCAUAAUGUGGUCCAGUUUGACCAGAGUAGCCUACACUCUCAGAUGUGUUGUAACCACUGGGCACUUUUCAAACAUAAAUAUGUGAAUCAAUGAUUUGCCUCUUAUUGUGUGUUGACUUCAUGUUGAGCAUGACAUGGCACUAUAUAGACCACACAAAGGAAAUAAUUAUCAUCUUUGAGGAGGACAGACAGAUAAAAGACAAAGCUAUACUGCAUGUACAGUAUGUCUGUAUAAAACGUUGAAGUAUACCUGUGUAUUUUUCCUUGUAAAAAUUAUAGUAACUUAUUUUUGUUCAGGUUUUUGUGGUUGUAUUGAUAUCCAAAGUGACAUUUUUUGAGCAUUGUUAUGUAAAUACUUAAAAAAAUGUUUUUGGAUACAAAAGGUUGCAAAACUGAGCCUGAUUAAAAAUAUACCUGUAUAUUUUGUAUUGUGUCUCUGAAACCGGCAAUCAUUUGAUAAAAAAAACCUAUAUUGGGUUAAAUAAAAAGUGACUUAUUUAUUAUUUUCAGAA